AAGGAAAUUUCCUCCAAAAAACAUUAAUUAAAGAGAUCAGUAAUCUAGGAGAUUCGCCUCUCUCUCUCUCUCUCUCUCUCUCUCUCUGUGAGAAUCCUUGCAGGAAAAGGAAUUAUGGGGAAAAGAAAGUUGAGUGAAUGGGUUAAUGGCAAAGGCAUUAAUCUUGAGGAGUUUAGCAUGGAGUUCAGAGCUGCUAUAAUUCUUCUAGCGAUUAAGCAUGCAAAAUCAGAUGAAAAGCUAGCCAUGGCUUUGCUUGAACGUGCAGAAAGAUCAAGAUUUAACGAGGAACAUGCAAAAACCGAACCAAAACCUAUUCAAAGUUCACAUUCGCAGACAUACCAACAUUUCGGCCCCUACAGUCCCCCAGACUGUCCCCCGGUGCAGAGCCUCAGCGGCCUCAUAGGCGCGUGCUCUAAGCCUUUUGAGAAGCAGUUGACACCCACCGACGUGAGGACUGACCAAUGCAGACUGUCUUUCAACAAAGCAGACGUCGAGAACUUCCUCUUGCCACUGCUGUACAAGAUCCACGAUCUUGUUCGGGGAACUCCGGUCACUGUGUAUGACAUGAAUGGUAAAGAGUGUUCGAUGACGUUCAAGCGCUGGGCUUCCAAGUUUCAUGUUCUUACGGAAGGGUGGAAUAAGUUUUGUAAAGAACAUGAGCUGCGUAAGUAUGAAGAUUUCGUUACGGUGUGGAUGUUCCGCCAUGUUCGGACGGGAGAACUUUGCUUUGUCUUCUCCUUGAGAAGAAUGCCUGUGUUCAAGCUCUCAAAGAGAGGACCACGUACAAAUGAUAAUUAAUUGAGCAAUGGAUUGAGAUGGAAAUUAUGGGAUCUCGAGCUUCAUGAUUCUGAUUCACUA